AACUAUCAACACCUCCUUAAUCAAACAAUCAGGUGUCCGACUAACAGUGUAUAUCAACCUUUACUUGAAUUUUUAUAAAAUUUAUUAUUUACAAUGAGUGGAAAGUUUGUUAGAGCUUCCAAGUACCGUCAUGUCUAUGGCCAAGCCGCCAAGCGUGAGCUUUGUUACGAAAACUUGAAGAUUACCAAAAACGCGUGGGACUCAAACAUCAUCCAAUCCAACGGGAAGUACUUAUCAGUCAACUGGGAUGCGUCUGGAGGUGGUGCAUUUGCCGUCAUCCCUCUCAAUGAAGUGGGCAAAGCCCCAGACCAAGUUCCUCUUUUCAGGGGCCACAAGGGACCUGUUCUUGACACUGCGUUUGAUCCAUUCAAUGAAGAAAGAGUUGUCAGUUGUUCUGAUGACGGGAAAAUUCUUCUCUGGACUAUUCCAAAGGACUACUCUUUCCAUAAGUAUGUGGAUGAAAAUGAUGAGAUUAAGGAUAUCACCGAACCAACCAAGGUUUUGUCUGGACACACCCGUAAGGUUGGACGUGUUUUGUUCCAUCCAUGUGCCCAAAACGUCUUGGCUUCGCUGUCCUUGGAUUAUUCCGUUAAGAUUUGGAAUGUUGAAACUGGAAAGGCUGAAAUUACCUUGCAACACAAGGACUUGGUCACUUCCUUUGCAUUCAACUACAACGGUACUUUGUUGGUCACCACUUCUAGAGACAAGAAGUUGAGAAUUUGGGACAUUCGUUCUGGAAAAAUUGUUUCUGAAGGUCCUGCUCACACUGGUGCUAAGCCAUCAAGAGUUGCCUGGUUGGGUAAUACUGACCGUAUUGUCACUACUGGGUUUUCCAGACUUUCAGACCGUCAAGUUGGUAUUUGGAAUGUUCAUGAUAUUGAGGCUGGACCAAUUGAUGGAUUUAUGGUUGUUGACUCUUCAUCUGGUGUUCUCAUUCCAAUUUUCGAUGAAUCUACUAAUAUCUUGUACCUUGCCGGUAAGGGUGACGGGAACAUCCGUUACUACGAAUAUGACUCCGAUUACUUGCAUGACAUCUCUGAAUAUGCCUCAAAUAACCCUCAAAGAGGUUUUGCUGCUGCACCAAAGUUAUCUGUCAAUGUUAAAGAAAAUGAAAUUUUGAAAUCUUUCAAAACUGUCAAUGACCAUUACAUUGAACCAGUUUCUUUCCAUGUCCCAAGAAGAUCGGAAUUAUUCCAAGAAGAUAUCUUCCCAGAUUGUCCAUCUUCAGAGCCUGCCUUGAGUGCGGAUGAAUUCUUUGCUGGAAAGGAAUCAAAUGGUCCAUUAUUGAUGAGCAUGGAAGCCUUGUAUGAAGGAACUGAGCCAGUAGUUAGAGAAUCUGACCCAGUGACAGUUGUUUCCGCUGCUAAGGAAGAAGCCGCCAAGAAAGAGGAAGUUACCAAGAAGGAAGAAGCCGUCAAGAAGGCUGAAACUAAGAAAGAAGAAGUGGUGACAAAGAAGGUGGAAGAACCAAAGGACGCUGUAAAGCCAAAUGUAGAUCAAUUAUUGAAGACUUCCAGCCUGGUAAAUGACUUGUUAAAUAAAGUUAAUGAUCAAUCUGAUAAUGAAGAAGUAGAAGGAGAGGAUUGGGAAGAAGUCAAGAAACCUUCUCCAAGAGAAAUUACUCCAAAGCCAAAGGAAGUCACUCCUGAACCAAAGGAAGUUCCAAAGCCAAAGGAAGUCACCCCUGUACCAAAGGAGGCUCCAAAGUCAAAGGAAGUAACUCCAAAGCCAAAAGAAGUCACUCCUGAGCCAAAGGAAUCUCCAAAGCCAAAGGAUGUUACUCCAGUUUUGAAGAAGGAAGAGACUCCAGCUUCUUCUCCAGUUAAGGCUACUGCUGCUGCCACACCAGCUGCAAAGUCACCAUCCAAGACUCCAACCCUUACCAGUGUAGUUGAGAGACUCCAUGGUCUUGUUGAAAAGCUUGAAGGUCAAUUGGCUGCAUUAACCGAAUCAAGCAAUAAGAAGGACGAUAGAAUAGAAAAAUUAGAGAAUGCCCUUGAAAAGCUUCUCGAAAAAGCCGAAAAUUAA